CAUAGCAUUACUGCUGCUCUGGAAUCUCUGGAGUUCGACUUAGCAAGUUUUCAUAGCACGUGUCCCUUCUUGUUCUGUGCAGAUCUCUGAAAUGUGUGCCAUUGCUGAUUAAUUGGUUUUUAAUUAAAAGAUUGUUUUGGAUGGAAAAAAGAUUGAAGUAAACUUGAUUAACUUGAUUGCAUUUUAGUCAUAUGACGGCAAGAGUGAAACCUGACAGCGACUGCAAUUUUUAAAUAACUUAUGCACUCCUGCUUUUAAAAUCUCUUGCGCUAAGAAAUACACGGAGCAGGGUGAUUGUGUGAGUGAUCGGACUGUGCACCGAUAAAAGACAUCCAGCCGCCAGAAGCGCUACUUUUCUGCCACCUGUCACAAGGAUUUGCACAUUUUUCAGGAAAAUCGACAUUAAGAAGAUAAGAAACUAAUGGCAAAUAUAUAACGGAACAGAAAAGCAAGCGAGGUCUUCCUAUUUAUUUAAUCGCAGUACGCUGUUGUUUUAGUGACACGCUUACUACCGCUUGCAUGUUGUACAUCAGAUACCUGAACGUUUCCGUUUAAAAUACUUUAACGGAGAGCCAGUUACAAUUAUAUUUAAACUGAAGGAAUCUUUUGUUCUCUCGGUCAAGUCGGUCAAGUCGAUUUCAGCACCAAGGACAGGUAUAUAGUCCUACAUCGCAUCUUCUGGAGGCUCAAACUUCACCAAAUGAAUUUUGAAACAGGAAACCAAGGUUUGGAAUAAUCUCAAAGCGAAGCAUAGCGUCGGACUAAAUGGCGACACAUUUUUGUGAGAGCAGGGUCGGCAAAUCCCUGGAGCAACUGUAGGUUUAGGACCUUUCUCAGACCCCUACGGUGACAUCAUUCUGCUGAGCCUGGAAGCUGAACUGGCAACUUUCAGUCCCAUGCACGGCACCCUAACCUACUGAGCCAUACCGCACCCACAAGAUCCUUGCAGCUGAAACAAAAUACCUAAAGUUGGAACAGAACAUUAUGAUGAUUUAAAUGAGCCCAUCUUUGCUCCAGUCCAAAACCGAGGACUAACGUGACCUGUCUCUGCCAUGGCCAUGACUUCUGCCUGCCUCUGGCUCAAAGUGUGGAUUCCCUCCUCUCUUCUGCUGCCGUUCCUCCUGCUACUGGUCCCACAGACUCUGGCUACAUCCAGCUACAGCACAGGUGCCAAGCGGGAGAUCUUGGUCGAGGGUGAUUUGGUGAUUGGGGGCCUCUUCCCCGUGCACCACAAGGGUGAAGGAACGGAGGACUGUGGCACAGUUAACGAGCAGCGUGGCAUCCAGAGGCUGGAGGCCAUGCUGCUGGCAUUGGAUGAGAUUAACCAUGAUGAGCGCAUCCUGCCAGGCCUCAGGCUAGGUGCCCACAUCCUGGACUCCUGCUCCAAGGACACGUAUGCACUGGAGCAGUCCCUGGAGUUUGUCCGUGCCUCUCUCACCAAGGUGGACGAGACAGAGUACAUCUGCCCUGACGGUUCCUACGCCAUUCAUGACGACUUACCCCUAGCCAUCUCUGGAGUCAUUGGUGGCUCCUACAGUGACGUCUCUAUCCAGGUAGCCAAUCUACUCCGUCUGUUCCAAAUCCCUCAGAUCAGCUAUGCCUCCACCAGCGCCAAGCUGAGCGAUAAGACACGUUAUGACUACUUUGCCCGCACCGUCCCACCAGACUUCUACCAGGCAAAGGCCAUGGCAGAGAUUCUCCGCUACUUCAACUGGACCUACGUAUCCACCGUAGCCUCGGAGGGGGAUUAUGGAGAGACCGGCAUCGAUGCCUUCCAGCAGGAGGCCCGGGUUCGCCACAUCUGCAUCGCCACGUCCGCCAAGGUCAGCCGCUCGAUGAGCCGCUGGAGCUACGAUGCAGUCAUCCGCUCCCUGCAGCAGAAAUCCAACGCCAAGGUGGUGAUCCUGUUCACACGGAGCGAGGACGCGCGGGAGCUGCUGGUGGCAGCCGCCCGCAUGAACGCCACCUUCAUCUGGGUGGCCAGUGACGGCUGGGGGGCGCAGGAGAGCGUGGUGCGGGGGAGCGAGCCGGUGGCCAACGGGGCCUUCACUAUCGAGCUGGCCUCUUACCCCAUCAAGGAGUUCACCCAGUACUUCACCAAGCUGGACCCAUACAACAAUACACGCAACCCCUGGUUCCGAGAAUUCUGGGAACAUCGCUUCCAGUGCAGUCUUCAGGAGGUCAGCUGCGGGCAGUAUUCCCUGAGCGAUGGCAGUUUUGAGCAAGAGUCCAAAAUUAUGUUCGUGAUUAAUGCUGUUUAUGCCAUGGCCCACGCUCUGCACAACAUGAGGCUGGCAGCGUGUCCCAACUCCACCAAGAUCUGUGAUGCCAUGAAGCCAGGCACAGGAAAGAGACUGUACAAGGACUAUGUCUUGAAAACCAGGUUUGAUGCGCCGUUCCGUCCAGCAGACACAGAGAAUGUUGUCAGCUUCGAUGCCAACGGGGACAGCCUUGGCCGCUACAACAUAUUCCAUUAUCACGGGGACGACGGAAAAUACGUCUACACCAAAGUGGGUCACUGGGCACAGGACCUGGUGCUGAAUACAAGUCACAUCCUGUGGGACCAACAGGCACCUCCAACAUCACAGUGCAGCGACCCCUGCAGGAAGAAUGAGGUAAAGAGCAUGCAGCCAGGGGACGUGUGCUGCUGGAUCUGCAUUCCUUGCCAGGCACACCAGUACCUACUGGACGAGUUCCACUGCACGGACUGCAUGUUAGGCCAGUGGCCCCUGGAGAACCUGACAGGCUGCUAUGAGCUGCCGGAGGAGUACAUCCAGUGGGGGGACGCCUGGGCCGUGGGGCCCGUCACCAUCGCUUGUCUCGGCAUAAUCUGCACGCUCUUUGUGAUCGGCGUAUUUGCAAAGCAUAUCGACACGCCGUUGGUGAAGGCGAGCGGCCGCGAGCUCUCCUACAUCCUGCUGCUGGGCGUGCUCAUGUGCUACAGCGUGACCUUCGUGUACGUGGCCAAGCCGUCCGCCACCGUGUGCGCCCUCCGCCGCUUGGGCCUGGGCACCUCAUUCGCCAUCUGCUACUCCGCCCUGCUCACCAAGACCAACCGCAUCGCUCGCAUCUUCGGCGGCGUGCGGGACGGCGCCCAGAGGCCGCGCUUCAUCAGCCCCGCCUCGCAGGUGGCCAUCUGCUCGGCACUCAUCUCCUGCCAGCUGGUGGCGCUGCUGCUCUGGCUGCUGGUGGAGGUGCCGGAUGUUCGCAAGGAGGUGAAGCCGGAUCGGCGGGACAUCGUCAUCCUGAAGUGCAACAGCAAGGACUCCAGCAUGCUUCUGUCCCUCACCUACGACUGCCUGCUCAUCGUGCUCUGCACCGUCUACGCCUUCAAGACCAGGAAGUGCCCAGAGAACUUCAAUGAGGCCAAGUUCAUCGGCUUCACCAUGUACACCACCUGCAUCAUCUGGCUGGCCUUCCAGCCCAUAUUCUAUGUCACCGCCAGUGACUACAGGGUACAGACCACCACAAUGUGCAUCUCAGUUAGCCUCAGCGGUUCUGUGGUCCUGGGCUGCCUCUUCGCCCCCAAGACACACAUCAUCCUCUUCCAGCCUCAGAAGAACGUGACCACGCUGAGAGCACCGACCGCUCGCUUCAGCGUAACCACAGGCCCCCCGUCCAGCCACUCCCAAACCUCUGGCUCCAACUUCGUGCCGACGGUGUGUAACGGUCGAGAGGUGCUGGACUCCACAACAUCCUCCUUGUGAGAAACGGGCACCUGUCCCACCUCCCAAAUACACUGAUUACUUACACUUGAUAGUUAGAUAACAAUAAUUAGGAUAAUGCCAAGUGUCGCAGGUAUAGGAAGUCUCAUUUUGUUGUCUUCAAGUGCUGUGAAUACAAUGCUCUAUUGUCCCAUUCUCUGACCAGUAGCUAUAACAAAACAAAUUUCAAUAUACACCUACUUCUACAUAGAAACCAUUUUAUUUGAGUCAGUAAAGCUUUACAAUGUAUCAAGGAAAAUGUUUUAAUGUAGAUUUUGGUGAACUAGUUUGUGCUUUCUUAUGUAAA